UGCGCCCACCACAGCCUUAACGAGGGGGCACAAUACAAUUUAGGCAGCAAUUGGGUAAGGGUUAGCCCAAAACUAAAGAUCGAAAGCAUGACAUUACCUAUUGUGAUUGGGAAAAACAGAGAAGAAAAAUCAUGAAGGCGCUGGCUGCUUAUCCAUUUUCUUCUCUACCUCAUCCUCUGCCUCCAAUUCAAAGGCCAUCAUCCUUUACCUCUACAAUCAUCAGCAGUCACUGUGGAUAUCGGUUGAGCAUAAGAGCUGUGAAUGAGGGUAAGGAGCAGGAUGAGCAACGAAAAGGAAAGGGCAAAGGAAAAGGAAAAUCUUCCCUUUCUUCUUCUCGCUUGACAGUGGAAGAUUUGGAAGCAAUGUCAGGGGCGGGCAGAAGUAAGAGAAGCAAGAACAGGAGCAAAGUGAAGCGUGAUGCCGAUCCCAUAAUUGCUAAGCCUGAGGUGAAGGACUGGGAGUCUAUGACCCUUCAGGAAAAGCUAACCGAAAUUUACGUGGGGGAGAAGGGUGUUUUGUUUUGGUUGAAUAAGUUGGCCUAUGCCUCCAUAUUUAUCGUUGUUGGGGGUUGGAUUGCAUUUAGGUUUGUGGGUCCUUCUCUCGGGUUGUAUCAGCUUCAGAGUUCUCUCUUAGAGCCCACGAAAUCUUUUGGCGGAUAAUCCUGACUCUUUAAAUUCACUUUUAUUGGAACUGUUACAGCACUGGAACUGCUUUCUGUGUGUAAAGAUUUAUGCUCUUCCCUGUCAAUAUGAAAUCUUCUCUUAGGAUGCUGUUAGUAUUAUUCAUGUAAGUGCUUUUUCCCUCAUGUUUCAUCUUGAUAUAACGAGUUAACUGGACCAUUGAUAGUCUUGAGAGAUGAUGCUUGUGAACCAGUAUUUAUAAGAUGUGGGUGCAUAAAGAUUCAAUGGAAACCACGAGUUAAGGCCGACAACCCAUUCCAUUUAUUGUAAUCACCAUUCCAUCUAUAUCUGCCAAGCUACUGCCUGUGGCGAAUAGGGUCUGUCCUUGGGCGCUUACAAUAUUGUAUAACUUACAGCCAAAUUAUAAGAUUUAUUAGGAAAUGGGCUUUACUUUGAA